UUGACCUUCUCUGAAGUCAAAGGCUACAUUAUUCCCACAUCGCUGAGCUAGAUCAAUAACCCCUCAAGGAUCCCUGGGAGUUCCUGGAAUCCACAUGGACAUAGAUUUGGGAUUUGUUUAUUCCCUGUAUAGCCACUAGAUGUCCUUCAAACAAACGCUAUCUGUACAGUAGCUGCUGAUAGAGUCAUUAUAAUCACAGUCCGUCGUCAUUUGUUACAUUUUACACUCAGUUAGGCGUCCAGUACGCGCUCCGUGCUCGUGAAUAUUGAUCCCUCAGUUUGAUCAAUUAGUACCAAAAUUGGUGCCACUGUGCUACAGUGCACAGAAAAAAAAAAUCAUGCGUUGAGAUCCGUGCGUCAUCGGGAACCCGGCGGUGCGUGCUGCUUCUGUCCGUCGUGCCUCAGACCGGAGCUGGAGGGUCAGUAGGUGUCAUCACCGAUCACCGAUCAGUGUGUUAAUUGAAUCCAUAAACCGACCAAUCCGUCGCUCGUGAACCCGGAUGACCCCCGGAGUGACGCGCCUCUCCGGUGAGGGAGCAGAGAGAGGAGGGAGCAGCAGCGGUGAAGGCGGAGGAGAGGAGCAGAUCUGCAGGUGCUCUAGCGCUGUCGUAAACCAGGAGAGUCCGCGAGCAUCAGAGCGAUGCCAGGGGUAACCAAGUACAAUUUAGUGGAUGACGCGCACGAUUUAAGGAUCCCCAUGCACAACGACGAGGUGUUUAAGCAUGGGGUCUGCUUCGAGGCGAAGUACAUUGGCAGUUUGGAGGUGGGUCGCCCCGGUAGCAGGAUGGAGAUAGUCGCUGCAAUGAGGAGGAUCAGAUAUGAAUUCAAACUGAAGAACAUCAAGAAAAAGAAGGUCAAUAUUGUUGUAUCCACUGACUUUGUCAAAGUGAUUUUGCGCAAAAAGAGGAAGAGAAAAGGAUGGUCCUGGGAUGAAAAUACAACUUUAGUGACACAGGAUCCCAUUUUCAGGAUCUUCUAUGUCUCACACGAUGCUCAAGACCUGAAGAUUUUCAGUUACAUAGCCAGAGAGGGACAGAGCAAUGUUUUCCGCUGCAAUGUUUUCAAGUCAAAGAGAAAAUCACAGGCAAUGAGGAUCGUGCGGACUGUGGGUCAGGCGUUCGAUGUGUGUCAUCAGAUGACCCUGCAGCAGAAAAGCGACCUGGAGGAUGAGGAGGGGAAGGCGGAGGAGUUGGAAGCAGUGCCAGCAAAGAAAAGGUUCGCGUUGUCAGAGGAGACCGACCUUGAAGGCACCACAGAGGAGAGCAUCGAGUGCGUCUCCUCAUCAGACCCUGAGAAGAGCAAAAAGGAUGAGGCCUUCAAUAACGACGGGAAGGUUUCUGAUGACCCAUCUCUCCUGCUGAGUUCCCCCCUCCUUGGGGCCUCUGUGUUGGGUCAGUCGGCAGCAGACGCUCCCCUCUCUGAGGAGCAUCAGGUCCAGCUCCUAAAGAAACAACUGCAGCAGCAGGAACAGCAGGCACUGGCAGCUUCAGCACAGGUUCAUGUACUCCAGGAACAGCUCUCAGUGGAGGUUUGUGCGAGGACUGAAGCCCAGGCCAGAGUUCAGAGGCUGCUGCAACAGAACACAGACCUACUGCAGCACAUUUCCCUGCUGGUCAAACAGAUCCAGGAGCUGGAGCUCAAAGCUGCUGGACAGCCAACAUCCAUGGGCUCACAGGACAGUCUUCUGGAGAUCACUUUCCGUGCCAAACCUCCAGGUGUAGCCAGUAACACCCUCACCUAUUCUUCAUCUUCUGGUGCUUUAGCAGCUCAGUCCAUGCUCCAGAUUAGUGACAGUGCCUGGGCCUCUAGCCUCUCUGGGCCCUGCUCUCCGGGCACUGUGGACACUGCUGCCAGCCCUCUGGGAUUAAGCAGCAGUGGGGUUCGGUUGGAGUGCUUCCGCUUCUCCUCUCGGGGGGCGGACGGCCAGGAGCAGGGCCAGGACACGGAGGAGACUCCCAGCGACGGAGCCCCAGAUGAGAGCUUGCCGCUGGGGGAGCAGGUCCUGGGAGCUCUGGAGCUGCUGCGGUUCAGGGAGUCGGGGAUUGGAUCAGAGUACGAGUCAAAUACAGAUGAGAGUGAUGACCGGGACAGCUGGGGUCAGGAGGAGGGCGUUGGGGCUGACGGUGCAGCUCGACUCUUUAACGUGCUGAAUGCAGACAGUCUGCCGGACUGCUUAGGGGACGAGAUGGCUGUGUAGUGAUGCAAUCAAAGCAACACAUGCAGGACUGAAUUUAUGCACCAUCCAGAUGAGACAAGGUGAAACUCAUGGGACUAAAUCACACAGAGGUCAUAUGCUGUGAAAACAGCUCACUGCGUCACCUGCAGGCAUUAAUAUUUAGUGGUUGAUACUAAGUGUGCAGACUGAGUGUGCAUUGCUACUGUUAGGUAGCGAGGAGUUACGUUUUGAGUUUCUCUUUGAAGUUUAGAUUUUUUACUUCAUAUACACAGAAAAAAUGUAUAAUGGGUUAAACAUAGUAACCUUGGGUUAAAUUUAAAAACAACAGAGGAACGUAUAGCUGAAUGUAAAGCUGAACUAAAGUUGAUGUAUAAUUGAUCAAUUUGAGCCUCAUGUUUAAGUAAACUUGGUUACAUCCUGAAUCAUAACUUUGAAAACAAACUUAAUUAGAAGAAGUUUGCUCAGAAAUUCUCAUCACAUCUUCAGACUGACAUGCUGGACAGCAAAAUUCAAAUCACAAAUUAUUUUAUUACUGUCAAAAAAGCCACUUUUUUAGUCCUCAAAAAUCAAGUUUUUUACCAUAAAGAUUUAAAUCUGACUUAAAUACUAAAUAGUCUGCAGUUCUAAAAGUUCUUUAAUGCCGAGCCAAAUACAAAGGCCACCAUGUUAACAGCAUGCUUGUGUAAUGUUUCCCCUGUUCACUACCUUUCAACUCCUGACUGUGUUACCAUGCUAAGUUUUGCUUAUUAGAAUAAACACAAAGUGUGAUGGGAAUAUCUCUAGUUUUGCAGGUAUUCAGUCAUUUACAAAAGUUUUAGUUUGGAGCAAAAUUUCAAACAUCAAAUCAGCUGCUCCUUGAUCAACAUUUAUUUUCCUCACAGUCACUGGAUUUACUAACUGCAUUUCAGAAGAAAAGAAAUGUAUUUCCUGUUAUUUUGACUCAUUUCCAAAAAAGAAGGUGUACUUUUAUGAAUGUGACACAGCUCCGCUUCUUUUCUGGUCUUGGGUUGUCUGAUAGUUUAAACAGUCUGGUGUUUUAGGCUCUGUCUAAUCUCUGCUGUCUGUUAGUAUUUGUUUUGCAUACUGUGUGUGUCAGUUUGAUGAUUGUUGUAGCUGACUUGGUGCCAUCACCUCUCACUGAGCUUGUUACACUGUGGUAAUGUCUUUGUUUAUGGACUUGUGACACAUUCAGCAUGGACAUUUUCAUUAUGCUGUUUUUUAAUGAAGGUCUAUGAAGUCUGGAUAUGCUAACACAUAUUUUGAAGUGUGAGAAAUAAAACUUGACUGUGCUUGUUACAAUAAGUAACCAAUAAUUA